AUGGCAGAGGCCCUUUUGUCCAUAGGGGUUGCUAUUUCGGGUGCAGUAGCACAUGAAGCAAUCAAGAGUGCUUCUUCAGAUAUUGCAGCAGAAGUUCAACUACUAUCCGUUGUUCGUAGCAAAAUGCUAAAAAUCAAGUGUGAGUUCGAUGUUAUACAGGCCUUUAUGAGCUACACAGACGUCUGGAAGGAUAGUGAUCAACUUCUAGAGACUUGGAUAAAGCACAUUAGAGAGAUUGCUUUUGAUGUUGAAGAUAUCAUAGAUGAAUUCACUUAUCUUCUAGGACAGCAGGACCGAGAGGAAACUAAACAUAGUGGCUGCAAAGCCAGAUAUUGCUGCUGCUCAAGAGUCUUUCAGAGUUGGCAUGAUAUAGCGAACAAAUUAGAACACGUCGUAAGGAGACUUGAUCACAUGAGAGAGAUGAAGGAGCGAUAUGGUAUCAAGACCAGAGAGCGAGGCGAUUCUCUGAGAGUCGCAAUUGAAACGCGACGGAACUGGUCCGAAGAUGCCCACUCCAUCAGAAGCAGUGAGAUUGUUGGGUUCGAUGACUACAGGGAAACCUUACAGAACUGGUUGAUAGAAGAUGCAGAGAAGACUACUACAAUUAUCUCCGUUUGGGGGAUGGCUGGCCUCGGCAAGACUACUCUCGUAACAAAUGUUUACAAAAGCUCACAAAUAAAACGACACUUUGCCCGUCGGGCAUGGAUUCAUGUCUCGCAAGUAUAUGGAAUCGAAGACAUUUUGAAAAGAAUCAUAAAGGAAUUCCGUAAGGGAGAAGAGGUACAGGUACCGGAGGACAUUGAUAAGAUGAGUCAGGUUGACCUUAUUCGCGUACUCAAGGAGGAUUUAAGAGACAACAGCUACAUUGUUGUACUGGAUGACGUAUGGAGCAGGAACAUCUGCAGGGACAUAAUUGAUAGGGCGCUCAAACCCCCUAAUCGUCAAGGCAGGAUAAUUUUGACAACAAGAAAUGAAGCUGUUGCGUCUCUUGCUGACAAGAACCAUACAAUGGAGCUGAAACCAUUACCGGAAAUUCAAGCCUUGGAACUCCUCUUCAGAAAGGCUUUCCGCAGUGAUAAAGCCGGCCAAUGGCCUGAAGAACUAGUAAAUAUAUCAAAACAAAUUGUGGAGAAAUGUGAGUGCUUGCCUUUGGGCAUAGUAGCGAUUGGUAGCCUUUUAUCAGUGAGGAGCAAAGAGAAGUCAGAAUGGGAAAAAGUUGUCAACGGCCUUGACUGGGAGUUCAACACUAACCCUGAUCUUCAUCAAUGGAAGAGUGCUUUAGCCUUAAGCUACAAGGACUUGCCUAACUAUCUUAAAAACUGUUUCUUAUAUUGCUGCAUGUUUCCAAAAGACUUAGUCAUGAAGAGGAAUCGACUCAUUCGGCUACUGAUAGCUGAAGGUUUCAUUGAGGAGAGGGGAAGAAGUUACACCAGAACACUAGAUGAAUUAGCAGAGGAGAACCUAAAUGAACUAGUCAAUAAAUGUAUGCUUCAGGUCGUGGAAAGAAAUAACUUUGGCAGAAUAAAGUCAUUCAAAAUGCAUGACAUGAUGCGUGAACUGGCGCUCUCAAUCGCUGGAAAGGAGUAUUUUUGCCAUGUUUACGAACACUUUCGACGAGUUCAAGGGAAAAUCCGGCGUUUGUCCCUUCAUCAGUGUGGGCAAAACAAUGAGAUAAAAAAUGUAACUGUUCAUCCUAUCCGCUCAUUGCUUUUGUUUGACUCAGUAGAUUUGCCUCUGCAGCCAUUCAGGUUACUCAAGGUUCUCGAUUUGCAAAACUCAGGGUUUGACAGCAAGCACUUACCAGAGGCAGUCUGGGAUUUAUUCAAUUUACGACACUUGAGCUUGAGGUAUACGAAAGUUCGAACGAUUCCUAGAAAAUUGGAGCGUUUGGUCUACCUUCAAACGCUAGACCUUGCUUAUACCCGAGUGAAGAAAUUGCCAACUAGCAUAACAAAGUUGAAGUAUCUACGGAACCUGUUUGUACAUACUAUCCUUGAUCCUACAUGGAAAAGCUACAACUACUUUAGAGGAUUUCCUGCUCCAAAAGGUAUAUGGAAUAUGGAGAACUUACAGAUCCUUCAAAGCGUGGAAGCAACAAAUGAAAUAAUGAAUCACUUAGAAGACAUGGUGCAACUUCGAAGCUUUAGAAUUACAGAUGUCAAGCCGAAUCACCACCCAAAACUAUGUGCGGGUAUUAGAAAGAUGGAAAACCUUCGGAAACUGGAUAUCAUUGCUGCAACAGAAAACGAAACUGAUGAAUUGGAUCUGGAUGAACUGUCCCCACCUCAGUCUCUUAAGAAACUUGCCUUACGGGGAAGAUUGAAAGGAGGAGCUCUGCCAAAUUGGUUCUCCACCCACCAGAACUUGGCAUAUGUACAUCUGGCAUGGUGUGAGCUGAAAGACGACCCACUUCCCCUUCUUCAAACGCUGCCCAAGUUGGUGUUCCUCGCUCUUCAUAAAGCAUAUACCCUCAUGGAGCUUAACUUUCAUGAAGGCUUUCUCAAGCUCAGAGAGCUGCGCAUCGUGGACAUGUUGGAACUUGAACGCCUGAAAUUUUCAGAGAAUGCUCUGCCGAGCCUGUGCCAACUGAAUCUGGUCCGGUGUGAAAAUCUCAAAGCUGUGGACGGCAUGGAGAAACUAACCAAACUAGAAAAUGCCUUCUUGGAGGAAAUGCCAGAAAACCUAGUGCGGACGCUCAGUGAUAACCCCACAAUCCGUGUGAGGAAAGCAGCAAAACUUCACAAAACUGUAAAUUAG